AACAGUUUCAUCUUUACUUUUGACGCUUAACGUACGCAGUCUUCCAGUCUUUAACGUGUUCGAGUUUAAAUUCAGUUUUUUUAAUAAUUUAAAUUUUAAAUUAAAUUGUGCAGUGUUUUUUAUACAAAAGAAAAAACACGUUUCUAUAAACGUAAAUACAGAAAAUAAAUAAAAAUUAUUUAAAAAUCUAUGCAAAACAAAAAUAAUUUGCUAAAAUCAACACAGACAUUUAAUUGAUUGUAACACAAACUCAAAAAAUAACAGUAAACAACAAAAACACAAAAACACACAUAUUACCAAAAUGAAGAUCCCUACCAUGAUUACCGAAAUCGAAGAAGUACCUGCCAUUAUGGUGGGAGACUAUAAACUACAAUUUGAAUUGGGUGAACCCUGUGAACGUACCAAAGAAGUGGCUUUACGUGAACUACGGGAAACUCCCGAAAAUAUUCAAAAAGGCACAGCGGAACUUAAAAAAUUAUUGGAUGCUGAACCGGAUUUAAAAUGUCCCCGAGAUGAUUUGUUUUUAUUGAGAUUCUUAAGAGUUUGCAAAUUCUAUCCCGAAAGUGCUUUGAAAUUGAUCAAAAACUAUUAUUCAUUCAAAGUUAAACAUGCCGAUGUUUAUAAAGAUUUAAUACCCAGCAAUGAGAAGAAUGUCUUUGAUCAUAAUGUCAUUAUAGUAUUUCCCAAUAGAGAUCAAUUGGGACGUAGAGUAGCGGUAUUGGAAUUGGGAAAGAACUGGAAACACAAGAAAGUUUGCUUGGAUGAGGUCUUCAAGGCUGCCGUUUUAUUGGAAGCUGCCAUGUGGGAGCCUGAAACACAAAUUAAUGGUGUCGUAGUCAUCUUCGAUAUGGAUGGUUUGAGUUUACAACAGACUUGGCAAUUUACUCCAGCCUUUGCCAAACGUAUUGUGGACUGGUUGCAGGAUUCGGUACCUCUACGUAUCAAGGCCAUACACAUUGUCAAUCAACCCAAAAUCUUCAAUGUAGUAUUUUCUCUAUUCAAACCUUUCUUAAGAGAAAAAUUGCGUAAUCGUAUUAUUUUCCAUGGUACCGAUCGUGACUCGCUAUAUAAAUACAUGUCUCCCGAAUGUUUACCCGCCUGUUAUGGUGGUUCACGCAAAGAACCCCGCAUCGAUGGUAAUCAAUGGUAUAAGUUGUUGGUCCAGUGUGAAAAGGAAUACAAGGCCAUUAAUUCGUAUGGUUAUCAAAAGUAGAGUCAGAGAAGAUUUUUUGUAAAAAAUCGCACAUCCAUUAUAUUGCCGCAAAAUAACACCCAUCAUUUAUUGUUAACUAUUAGUUUUUAAGAAAUAUACUUGUUUUUGGAGAAUUUUAAAUCCGAACAAAAUUUCUGUUAUAGAACAAACUCUGGCCAGUUGUUCUUAAAGUAUGUACUUACUUUCCCUUUUAAUUUUUAAACAAAAUUUUCUUA